AUGAAGUCACUGGCGGGACGUUACGCGCCGCCCGGGAAGAGGAGGCUCCGGUUCGCUGCGCGGACUCGCCGGCUGGUCCAGACGCGACAACCCAGCGAGGCGGGGCCGAGCCUGUUCCCAUGGCAGCCGGGAAACGCGUCUGACGUCACGAGCUGCGCGCCGGCAGUGAGGCAAAUCACACCGCGACGGGACAGACCAGAGGAGCGACGGCCUUGGUGGGAUUUUGAUACAAUGAGACCCACCCGCCGACUCCUUCUAGUCGGGGAAGGAAACUUCUCUUUCUCUGCCUCCUUGUGUGAUGCAAGCAAUCGUGAGACUCACAUCACUGCCACUUGCUAUGAGAGCGAAGAGAGAGUUUCCAGACAGACACUUGCUAAAACGAACAUACAGCUUCUGAGAAGGAAAGGGGUUGAAGUUCGCUUUUGUGUGGACUGUACCAAACUGAAGGAUUCCUUUUUGCCAGCAAAGAGAAAUUUUGAUUGCAUUUAUUUCAAUUUCCCUCACUGUGGAAGGAAAGCUGGGGUGACAAAGAAUAGAGAGCUUCUUACAAAGUUUUUCUGUAGCUGUGCAGACGUGCUCGCAGAGAAGGGAGAGGUCCAUGUGGCUCUUUGCAAAGGGCAGGGAGGGACGCCUGCUGACCAGCCAAUGAGAGAGUGGCACAACAGCUGGCAAGUUGUGGCUAUGGCAGCGGGAGCAGGAUUUAUCUUGAGUGACGUUCAUCCCUUCAACUUAGAGGAUGUUCAUGGAUAUAAGUGCACUGGCUACAGGAGUCAGGAUAAAUCCUUCUCUGUAGAAGGUGCAUUAAACCACAUCUUCACUCGGGGCUUGCCAUUUCCACAUCCCAGGCCUGUGAUCUGCCAAACUGAACUGGAGGGCAAGAGGGUUUCCAUCCAGGUUCCAGAAAUAUUUGUGGAUAAAAUUAACAGGUGUUUCCUUGAUACCAAUUCAGAUCAUCCUGUAAGAACUAUAAAUGAAAAGCUCAUUGCUCAACUCAGCCAAACCUUCCCAUUACAAAGGGUUGACCACUCCCUGUCUCUCCUGCACCAAGGUGGCCUAAGUGCUGUUUCUCAGUCAAACGCCUUUUGGAUCAUUCCCAACACAAAGGAAAAUCCAAACUCUGAUCCUAUAGGUAAGGGAACAGCAAGAGGUGUCUUAUUUUGUGGCGUUCAUUUCUGCAGGGACAUAGACCAAGAUGACAGAAUGAAGGCUCAGGAAGGAGACCAGCUCUCAGAACAUUAUCUUAGAUCUUCCCUUCUGGUUCAUGUUCAGGAUGUGAUACGAAGGCUGAGCUUUCUCCCUGGGACUCUGCAUGUUCUCAGUGGGCCUGUCUUUAGGAAGUGUCUGAUCUCUCCGCGCACUCUGCCUGUUUUUCAUGAGACUCUUUUUAUGUGUGCAGUUGAUAAGGGUACAGAGGGCAGCUGUAUCCAGAUGCUUAUGGAUAAUAUUAAAAACACUAUAAGUUCUCUGCUCCCAUCUCUUUCUUGUUUUACAUUGAACUCCACAGUAGAAGAAGCAAAAAGCUCUGAAACAAUUGAGCUAAAUGAUUCAGUCAGGCCUGACCCUCAGCUUGAUAAAACUCAAUAUAUCAUCUGUGUGAAAACUGACACUUCAGACUCCAAAGCCAGUGGCUCUUGCAUAGGAGCCAUAGCAGCAGCUCCCUGUGGGCCAAUAAACAGUGAACUGGGCAUUGUGUGCGCAUCAGUGAAUCUUGACCUGGUAGCCAUGCAAAUUUGUGGAAUUUCUGACUGGCGAAUGCUGUGGACCGUAGAUGAGCGUUUUCUGAAUCAGUUUAUUGGAGGAGAGUUAGGACCUUUCAAGAGCUUUUCACUCUAUCCACCUUCCUAUGUGCAUGAUGUCAGCUUCUGGGUUCCUGAGUGUGAACAGUUUGACGAAGUUGCAUUUCACACUAUUGCCAGGUGUGUGUCACAGGAAACUGUUGUGUCCAUUCAACUCCUUGACAGCUUUCAGCAUCCACAAACUGGACAAAUCAGCCUCUGCUACAGACUAACCUUCCAGUCCUGUGACAAGGCUCUUACUCGCCAGCAGGUGGCAGAGAUGCAGAUGCAGUUUAGAAAGGAGAUACAGCAAUGUUUGCACAUAACUCUUAGGUAA